GCUGCGGCCGCCGCUCUCGGUGCCCGCCGCUAGCCACUUCUCGGCCCCACGCCCGACCGCGUCGCUGCCUGCUUUGCCAUGGGUCGACAGAAGGAGCUGGUGAACCGUUGCGGGGAGAUGCUCCAUAUCCGCUACCGGCUGCUUCGCCAGGCGCUGGCGGAGUGCCUGGGGACCCUCAUCCUUGUGAUGUUUGGCUGUGGCUCCGUGGCUCAGGUGGUGCUCAGCCGGGGCACCCAUGGUGGCUUCCUCACCAUCAACUUGGCUUUUGGAUUCGCCGUCACCCUCGCCAUCUUGGUGGCCGGCCAAGUGUCGGGAGCCCACUUGAACCCCGCUGUGACAUUUGCCAUGUGCUUCCUGGCACGCGAGCCCUGGAUCAAGCUGCCCAUCUACACCCUGGCGCAGACGCUGGGGGCCUUCUUGGGCGCGGGCAUCGUUUUCGGGCUGUACUAUGAUGCAAUCUGGGGCUUUGCCAACAAUGAGCUUAUCGUCUCCGGCCCCAAUGGCACAGCGGGCAUCUUUGCCACCUACCCCUCUGGACACUUGGACAUGGUCAAUGGCUUCUUUGAUCAGUUCAUCGGCACAGCCUCCCUCAUCGUCUGUGUGCUGGCCAUUGUUGACCCCUAUAACAACCCUGUGCCCCGCGGCCUGGAGGCCUUCACUGUGGGCCUUGUGGUCCUGGUCAUUGGGACCUCCAUGGGCUUCAAUUCUGGCUAUGCUGUCAACCCUGCCCGAGACUUCGGCCCUCGUCUUUUUACCGCUCUAGCUGGCUGGGGCUCAGAAGUCUUCACGACCGGCCGGCACUGGUGGUGGGUACCCAUCGUCUCUCCACUCCUGGGUUCCAUCGCUGGCGUCUUCGUGUACCAGCUCAUGAUUGGUUGCCACCUGGAGCAGCCCCCACCCUCCACCGAGGCAGAGAACGUGAAGCUGGCUCACGUGAAGCACAAGGAACAGAUCUGAGUGGGCAGCAGCCAUCCCACUGUUCACUCUCUUGAGUAUCCACUGACUGUGUGGGGGCCGCUUCCUAAACGCACCCUUGUGAUGCCUCUCACAAGCUAAGAUGCUCCUGUAUCCGCUGCCCCUGCUGGAUGGCCCUUUCAAAGUUUCUACUGAACUUCUGCCCCAUAAAACAUGAGGCCCCCACUCUUAAGUCAAGGUAGGAUAGCAAGUUGGACCAAACAUCCUUUUGUUUCCCCGAAAAGAAGAAUGUGCCGGUGUGUGGGCUGUUCUCUAGGCAUUCAGGGCAAGGGACCAAAUUUUCAAAACAGACCCUAGCAGCUCAAGGAGCCCAGGGGAAGGGAGUGAGGACGGAAAGUACCAGAGUGUGCAGGCUUCAGGGACUCCACGUGGAGGGGGACCCAGAAGUGUGCUUCUGAGUAUGUGUGCGUCUGCUCUUCUUUUACAGUGGGGUUCUAGGCUUUGGGAGAGGGAAAGAGAUAAGAGAGGCCCAGCUCACAUCUGGAGCUGUGACCCCUGAGUAGGGGCUGUGUAGUGUAUUUCUGUCAUAAGAUAGGCAUUGGAGUGGGGAUGAAGUCCAGGCCGCAAGUUUCAUAUUUUCUGUUUUUUUU